UUCCGUUAUAUUAAAUCUAAUCCAUAAAAUUUAGUCAUUUUCCAUUCGAAACUACAAAUGUGGCUUAACAUAUAGCUCUGAAUGCAUGUGUUUCAAACCGAAAGUAGAAUCUUCCAGAAAACAUGGCGAAAGUAGCGGAGCUUCGCUUGGAUGCAGAAGAAAUGCGAAAACUGCUGGCAAUGGCAGAACGACAGCGGGUCAAAGAUGUGAUCACUAUAGAGCUUCGGAAACUUGAAACUGAGAUCUCGUCAUUGGUGGAGACGGAGUCAACGGCAUCGUCCACCAAUGAGGCAGCAUCUAGCUCUAAACCUGUCUCAAAUCAGCCUCGAAUGAUGGUGGUUGAUAUUAAAAAUUAUGCUUGGGAUCAGUCUGACAAGUUUAUGAAAAUUUAUGCCACCGUCCCAGGGAUUGAGAAAGUUGAGAAAGACUAUGUUACAUGUACCUUUAAAGAAAAAUCGUUCAGUCUACGCUGUGAUUCUGUCAACAACAAGAAUUACACCUGCGAGGUUGCACAUCUAAUGGAAGCUAUUAUACCCGAGGAAAGCUGGUACAAGAUCAAGACUGACACAGUGCUAGUCAUGUUGAAGAAAAAGAACACGGGUAAAACAUGGCCUUACCUGACCACCACUGAGAAAAAGAUAAAAGACAAGGGCACCAAACCUCCACCAAUUGACAAGGACGCAGACCCUAACGAGAGUCUCAUGAAGAUGAUGAGGCAGAUGUAUGACGAGGGAGACGAUGAGAUGAAACGAACCAUCGCAAAGGCGUGGACCGAGUCACGAGACAAACAGGGCAAGGGCGACGUGUUGUGAUGAUUGGAACUCGCUGAAUUGUGAAGAAAUAGAAUAUAGUUGGUGUGGAUUGCAUAUGUGGCUUAAAACUUGAGGAGAAAAUGUGUCUUCAGGGAUGAUAAAUGUGAGGCAUUGAUGAUUUUAAUUUAUACUUUAAUGGAUCAUGGUUUCAAUUGCAAGUUGAAAAUGUUUCAUUAUUGAAAUCAAGCAAAACUGAGUUUUUGUUUUUAGAUGAAAGCUACUGAUGGUUUGCUGUUUUAUCAAUCAAAGUUAUGUGAUCCAGGUUUAAUUUGAACAGCGGUUUAUUAUGGUAUAAUAACUUAGUUCUUGAAUACAUUUGUUUUGAUAAAUGACAGAUUGCAUUUACUGCAGCAAACUGAAGUUAUCUCUGAAUAGGGACCUUGGAUUUAAUUAAAAAUUGCUAUAGAGGCUCUGUGUUAAAUAAAAAUAAAUUAUAUUUCCAGCUAAAAUUAAUCAAACACCAGAUGAUGCAAUUUAAAAACAGGAGAAAGAAAAUUUUAGGAAUUCAUGAUUUUAAGCUGUACCUGGUUAAAGACUACCUGUAUAUCAACAUUUGCUUCGGUUUGUGUUCACUCUUUUGAAAUGGAUGUUUCUUACUGACACACAUUAAAAUAUUUUAAAAGUAUCUAUAUAAAAACUUUUUAUUCCUUGCAUGAGUUAACUACCUUCAGAGAAUAUACUGGAAUUCAUCAAGUCAAGUAAAAAAGUUCAAGUAAAAAGCUGUUGUCUUCGACUUUUCUUUAUGGAAAGAAUUUUGCUGUAUUUUUUUAAUCCAUGUUAUUGCCAUUUGAACCAUUUCUAUAACAGGAACAUUUGUAGUUAUUUUAUAUCACCAACUACCUUUGUGAAUCCAAUAAAAAUAAAUAAAAGAA